UAAUACUUCUUCACCGAAGACACGCCGUCAGCAGACACGUACCCAAGUGCCCGACCUUCACUACCCCACCAGGGUUUGCCACGGGAUAGACGCUUCUCCAGACAUCUGAUUGUUGUCCCGCCAAAGUGUCCUUGUUGCUGCGCUUCCGAGACCAAUUAAUCCGAACGGCUAGGCCCGCCUGUCCUUGGCAUCAGCGGAAGCUGCAACUGUUUGUCGUUUCGGUUGCCCUUCACACUCGCGACCCUUGACACUCGGGUGGGCGAACCGAGGAAGAUGUCCUUCCGCUCCUUCGUAGCCUAGUGCGGCUGUGUGCGGGCGUGUGUGUGAGCGUGUGUGUGUGUCUGGGGGAACGGCUUCCGCGCAGACGUUUCCUUUCCGUACCAUAACCCGCAAGAAAACCACGUAGCCACUGCGGACGAACAGUGUUGCAGUGAGGAAUUACAUUGUUUACCAAGCAACGAUCCCACUUGCCCCUCAUACGAGGCGAACUUUCCACGAAAAAGAACAGGACUUCCAAGGCUAGUUAGAUUGUAUCCUUCGUCUACUGCUCUAUAUGUUUACCGACCAUCGGCCCCAUUUCGAGUCAAGUGUGCCUUUGUGCGACGCUCCAGCAGCGGAAGUGAGAAGCAGAAGUGAAUCAUCAUAGAUAAGGCGUGUGUUAACAGCGCAAACAGCGGAAAAGCAAUUUCGUCCGGCUAGUGUCCUUUUCUCAAACGCUCCGCUUUAAUAGUGUGCUGUGCGUAGUCAGUUCCAUCAUCAUGUCUAGUGUGCAACUGUACAAGCUGCCGGCGUUUGUCAUCACCUGGCACCUGAUUGCGUUCGGCCAGUACUGUUACGCGAUCUACUUCGAUCGAUUUUUCAUUCACAUCCCGGAUGAUCUGGCCGUGCCGAAGAUGAUGCGACCGACGGAGUACGGUGGUCGCUCCAAGUUUCUUACCUACUGGUGUUUGAUUCUGCAGGCAAUUUACUUCACAAUAUGUCUACUGAACGAUUUCAUCGGUACGAACGAGGUGGCCCCUAAGCGGAUGCCACUGAUCCGGAAGGUGAAGGAUUACACUCUGGCUGCGUUCGCUUUCCCCGUGGCGCUGAAUGUAGGCGUUACCUUCUGGACCCUGAUGGCAAUCGACCGUGAGCUAGUCUUCCCCAAAGCGCUCGAUGCUGUUUUCCCCGGUUGGCUCAACCACGUAAUGCACACAAAUAUUGUGAUCUUCAUCAUCUUGGAAAUCUGCACCAGCUUCCGGCAGUACCCUUCGCGUCGGGCCGGCCUAACUGGACUGGGUAUCUUUAUGUCCGCAUACCUCGGCUGGCUUCACGUUAUUCGACAUUUUGGUGGUAUCUGGGUGUAUCCGGUGCUGGAGGUACUGAACUUUCCCCAACGUUUGGUGUUUUUCGCCGUAAGUCUCGUGUUCUGCGUCGGACUGUAUCUACUUGGGGAGUUCUUCAACAAUUUAAUCUGGACAAAGGAACUGAAACAAUUGAAGGCACAGGCAGGAUCGGCGGCGGGUACGAGUAAGAAAUCCAAAUAGGCAGCUUAUCUAGUGUUUGUUUUAUUUUGCGUGAUCAUUUUUCAAUGGUCCAUAGUUCAAUAUUGAGCCCAGGGAAAAUGCAUGAAGAAAACGGGCCAAGGCAUCUGGACCUCGCCUCAUGAGCCUCGGUUGAUAAAUCAAACAUCUCGAAGGCUGCUUUCCGCUCGUCAUGUGGGUCGUUUACCGAGUGUGUGUGCAUUUACAUGUUUGCGGGUGUGAGGCUGAUAUUAACACCCAACUCAAUUUCUUAAAUUAGUGAAUUUGCAUGAGCCGUGAGUUUGGUUCGGCCUCUUUUCAUUCGACUAACUUUGGGCAAUCCGAUCCAAACUAAAAAAUUUUAAAUCUAAAUGAAUUGCAUUCAAACGACAUCCAUCUGUGAACGAAUCUUUUAGAAGAUCAUCUAACAUAACUCAAAAAGAUUGAGCAACUGCAUGCGUUUUACAUUCUUGUGGGCUGGUCUGCUGGCGGAUGGUUUGGAAGGUUUAGUUUAGAUACAAUAUUCUUUUUCUUUCUUGCACUUUCUUCGAGGCCCCUUCAAAUGCAACGUGCAAAUAACUGGCCUGGAGAAAUAUCAAUCGAACACCAAAUGAUGAACGAUGUGUAACGAGCCAAACAUUUUCAGUGCAAAAAAACAAGACCCUUCUACUUACAACUCGAAAGUGGAACCGAAAACGAUGCUCGAACGUAUUUCGAAUAACUUAAGCAUCCAAAAUUAUUUAAUAAAAUCAAUACGGGAAGCAAAAAAGAAAGCAACGUAGAAGCAACGACACAAGUUACGUAGCACAUGGUGGCAAUUUUCCUGAAAAUAUGAACAUUGCCAAGCAUGCCAAAACCGUUUGAUUUAUAAACCGCCUGAUGCGAUAAAUUGUAUUUGAAGUAUACAGUGUAUAUUGAUUGUAUUUGAAGAUGUGCAACAAAACCUUCAAUUAAAUAUAUAAAUAAUAGCAUUUGCCCUUCAAGCGCCUGAUGCGCGCUGUUUUCGUAUUGAUCGGCGGAUCGACACUUUUACACCAAUUAGGCACUCGUAGCAACUUUGCUGUGUAUUAAUAUUGGCAUCCCUUGUGGAAUCAGUCAUUUGGUGGUGUAAGGAGGGUAUUUUCCAGAGGCAGAGCUGGAACAAUUUUUAUCGUAUUUAGAUGUGAUUGAAUUUUGUCCGUUUCAUCGUCUCAUCCAGUGUAAUUCUAUAGCAGAAGUAGCCGGGAAAAGCACCAAAAACCACUAGCACACAAGCUAAGCGUAAACUAGGAAAAUGUUCCGCACACCCGCGGCUAGAAAGUGUCCAGGAGUUUUGUGUUUUGGCAAUUUCCAUAGUGUCAGUUUUGGCAAAUAUAUAAUUCUACUACGACAAGAAAUAAACAUAGCUAAUAUAGAUUAUAUUGCAGCAAAGAAAUAGCAUCGGUGAUGGUCGGUACGAAUCAACCGAAUUAACCGAGCACCGUGAACCAACCAAAAUUCAAACCACUAAUGAUAAAAUCAUCAAAACCACACUAAGUCUUGCUUGGUAGAGUAGCGGCUUGCCAGCAGAGAUUGUUGUUCGGUGCUUUCGCCGUUGCGUGUACUCACUUUUCAAAGUAUUGCGUGUGAAUGUAAUUCUAGACGUAAUUUCAAUGCCCCGCAUAAAACCGUAGAUAGUGAAUGGUAAAUAUUCGAUUGAAUAUUGACCACCUACAUAAAGCAUGCCGUCAAUUUUCAGUUCUUGGUGUAACUUGAUGAACGGAAGCGUGUAACGAAUCGCGUGCGUGUGGUGUCCGGUCACCACUCUCUCUACGAGGCGCAUUAGAACCGCUUACAUUUAGUAACGAUAAAAAAACGUGGAAACCCGAACACCGACCUAAAAUGAA